UUCCUUGCUUGAAAAUUUACUGUUAUAGAAAGAACCCAUUUGGCGGCGAAUAUACAGUGUUUGCGGGUUUGGAGGACUGCCUUCAUUAUAUCAAGAAUUUUCAGUUCUCGAAAUCGGAUAUUGUGUUCUUGCGCUCGGUAUUACCAGGAAUUACGAAUCCAGCAUUUUUCGAGUACCUCGAAUCGCUUGACUGCAGCAGUGUGACUGUUCGGGCUGCUGCUGAGGGUAGUAUAGUCUUCCCGAAUGUUCCACUGAUAACCGUCGAAGGUCCGCUAGCUGUUUGUCAGCUGCUAGAGACGGCAUUGCUUACUCUGGUCAAUUACUCGAGUCUCGUGACCACAAAUGCAUUACGAUUUCGCAAUGUAAGUUACUUCUUGUACCAUCAUGACCAUUUUGAAAUUUUAUCAAAAUGCCCAUCCUGUUAUGGACUGCUGUCAUUGAUUGACGUAGAAUGGGCUUCUAUUUGGACGCUUGUCCUGCGAGAUGCAUCAAAUGUUCAAAUAGGAGCCCCGCAGACACAUCCCGCUACAGGCGAUCUUUCAACUGGCUGGAAUCAUGCAAAAACUCAUGAUCGCAGCGGUAAGUCGGUUACUGGUAAUAAUGUGCAGCUUUUCGAAUUUGGUUUGCGAAGAGCACAGGGGCCAAAUGGUGGUCUUUCAGCGAGUAAAUAUUGCUUCUUAGGAGGUAAGUGUAAAAAAAUUUAA